AUGUCAGAAAUCGAUCCCAAAGCAACCCAACAGCAAAUCCGCGAAGCCUACAAAAAAGCAGCACUAAAACACCACCCCGACCGCGUCCCCUCCGACAGCUCCGAGCGCACCGCCCGCACCAAGCGCUUCCAGGUAAUAAACGACGCCUACUACACGCUCAGCGAUCCCACCCGCCGACGCGAUUACGACUCCGCGCGGACAUUUCACGGCUUCUCCUCCUCCUUCCCCUCGUCCUCAAACGAGCAAUCCGGCCAACAGCAGAACCAGCAAGGCACCGGCUUUGCGGGCGCGUUCCCAAGCGGCUUCCCUUGGUCCGCCUUCGGCUUCGGCGGCUCGGGCGCGAACCAGGAACAGGAGGCGGAGAGGGAGCAGUUCAGCAAUGAGCAGUUUGGGAAUGUAUUUGAGGAGAUGCUGAGGGAGGAGGGGAUGGCGGAGGGGGAUAAUGCGCAACCGACGGGGAAGUUCUGGGCGCUUGUUGGCGGGCUUAGCGGCGGGGCGAUGGGCUUCAUUGUUGCGAACUUCCCGGGAGCGAUUGCGGGUGCGGUGGCUGGGAAUAGGCUGGGUGCGGUCAGGGAUGCUAGGGGGAAGAGCGUGUACCAGGUGUUCCAGGAGCUGCCGCAAGGGGAUAAGGCAAAGUUGUUGAGCAAUUUGGCGGCGAAGGUGUUUGCGCAUGCGGUUAGUGGAUGA